AUGUCCCAAAGCUCGUGGCUACCCAUCUCCCCUUCGAGCCACUUCUCACUCGCGAACAUCCCUUUUGGCAUCAUCUCAACCUCCUCCGGCCCUACCCAUCGUCCCGCCGUGGCCAUUGGAGACCACGCUCUUGACCUACGAGCUUUCGCUACCGCCGAUGGCUUCUCCGCCAACCCAUCCAUCCAGAACCACGCCGGCGUCUUCUCCUCAACUACCCUGAACGCCUUCGCCUCCCUGGGCCGCCCUUUCCACCGUGAAGUUAGGGCCUACCUCCAGUCCAUCUUCGCCGCCGACACCCCUCACCCUAGCAUCCUCAAGGACAACACCUCGCUCCGCCAGUCCGCCCUCCUGCCGCUGUCCGAGGUGACGAACCACCUCCCGCUGAGCAUCGGCGACUACACCGACUUCUACGCCGGGAAACAUCACGCCUACAACGUGGGUGUCCUGUUCCGCGGGCCCGCCAACGCCCUACAGCCCAACUACACCCACCUCCCCGUGGCCUACCACGGCCGCGCCUCCAGCGUCGUCGUCUCCGGCACCCCGAUCCACCGGCCCUGGGGCCAGAUCCUCCCGGACCCGAAAGCUGAACCCAAGAUCCCCGCCCUGUCGCGUUGCAAGAGGCUCGACAUCGAGCUGGAGCUCGGCAUGUUUGUUGCGCGGGAGAACGAGCUCGGAAAGCCCAUCCCUGUCGACCAGGCCGAGGACUACAUCUUCGGAUACGUCCUCUUGAACGAUUGGAGCGCGCGUGAUAUCCAGGCGUGGGAGUACGUCCCACUGGGUCCUUUCACGGCCAAGAACCUCGGCACGAGCAUCAGUCCCUGGGUCGUGCUCGCUGAUGCCCUGGAGGGGUGUAAGACGGCCGGCAUUGAGAAUGAAACCGAGCUGUUGCCUUAUCUGAAGGAGAAGACUAGGGAGAAUCUGCUGUCCAUUGAUUUGGAGGUGGAUAUCAUCACUCCCAAAGGCAACAAGACGACCUUCACAAAGACCAACUCGCGCAACCUCCUCUGGUCGUGGCCUCAGAUGAUCGCUCACCACACCAUCACCGGCUGUAACCUGAGGACCGGAGAUCUGCUCGGUUCCGGCACCAUUUCCGGCGCCGAGCCGGGCAGCGAGGGCAGUAUGCUGGAGCAGACCCAGGGAGGAAAGGGAACUAUCAAGCUGGAGGGAGGGGAGGAGCGCAAGUUCAUCGAGGACGGGGAUACGCUGGUGAUUCGAGGCAGAGCAGGGGAGGAAGGCGCCUUGAUCGGGUUUGGAGAAGUGUCGGGCACCAUUCAAGCGGCGCUACCCUUGUUUUAG